AUGCUGUUCUCCUUACUUCUAAUCAAUGUUUGUGCUGCCGCGGAUUCAGGCAGUACCGCACCCUCUGUAGAGUUGACCAGCGUCGACUAUUCCGCGACGUCUACAUCAGAUAACAAAGGAAUGGUUGUAGGUGAGUCUCUUUUUCGUAGAAAUAGAGCCCAUGAAAGCAACGUUCUUUUCAAAACUUCUUUCAAGAGUGCAUCUAAUUUACUCCACCGUUCGGAAAUUGAACAGAAAACUAUGCGGAUGUUCAAGUGAGA